CAGACCGCCACAAAUAUUCCGAAAUAAGUGCCAUUAUUAUUCAGCGUGUUUUUACUAAAAGCAAUACAGGAGUUGUGGUUGGCUGUUCAUUUAUCUUGAACAACACUGGAGAACAUACAAGUUUUGCUAAUGAAGAACUCUAGUUAAUGAACUUUGAUAUAAUAGAUCAAUAGGAUAAAUAUUGUAACUACUGGUGUCUUUAAAAUUGACAAAGAGCAGACAUGGGUGAAAGACGUGACUCUGGGCCUAUACCUCCCAGGUGGCUGCACUGUCCAAGAAAGGGAGGCAUAAUUGUAAAUAAACUCCUACCAUUAAAAACACCCCUUGAUGGAAAGUUUGAUAGUCAGAUACCAGAGGCUAAUCGAUUCGAUAUUGACAUGCUCUUUCUGUCUCUGCAUGGUCGUAAAAUAAAGAUGGGGCUAUUGAUCGACCUCACAAAUACGACUAGAUUCUAUGACAGCAAAACUGUCGAGAACAAGCACGAAUGUCGAUAUGUUAAACUUCAAUGUAGGGGCCAUGGGGAAUGUCCAUCUGUCGAACAAACUAACAUUUUCCUAAGUAUAUGUGAACAUUUCAUUCAACAAAAGCCUUUGGAAGUAAUUGGCAUCCACUGCACUCAUGGCUUCAACCGCACUGGCUUCCUUAUUGUGGCUUACCUAGUGGAGAAAUUGGACUGGAGUGUGGAGGCAGCCGUUCGCACGUUUGCACAGAUGAGGCCACCUGGUAUAUAUAAGCAGGAUUACCUUGAAGAGUUAUUCCGUCGCUAUGACGAUGUUGAAGACACGCCUCCAGCUCCUCCUCUCCCUGAUUGGUGCACAGAGAGUGAUGACAGAGAGGAUGAUGGGAGUUUAAGAGAUGAUGGGAGCAAAUCGGAUGGUAGCAGGAAACGUCAGAAACGAGGGGAAACUGUGAAACUGGAUGCCAAGUUCAUGGAUGGGUUGAUUCCAUCAGUUGAGUCUGUAACAUCGCAACCAAUGCUCAGUCAACUUCAACAAAGAUGUCAAAAGAUGACCAACUUUAAACAGUCAGGUUUCCCUGGGUCUCAGCCAGUCUCUAUGGACAUUGACAACAUGGAUUUCCUCAGGACGAAGCCAUACAAAGUCAGCUGGAAGGCUGAUGGCACCAGAUAUCUGAUGUUGAUAGAUGGGGUGGAUGCAGUUUAUAUGUUCGACAGAGACAAUGCUGUAUUCCACAUCCCGCACCUGAUCUUCCCGAAACGGAAGAAUCCCAAACAGUGUUUGAGUAAUACCCUCGUAGAUGGAGAAAUGAUCUUAGAUGAAGUGGAAGGCAAGAAAAUACCAAGAUUCCUCAUUUACGAUAUUGUAAAGUUUGAAGGUAUUGAUGUCGGACAAACUGAUUUUGAUCGUAGAAUGUUAUGCAUUAACAAAGAAAUCAUCACACCCCGGCAUGCCAUGAUCCAAGCUGGGCAAUUAGACAAAACCAGGGAGCCAUUCAGUAUAAGAAUGAAACCAUUCUGGGAUCUGACACAAGUUCGAAAACUACUAGAUGGUCAGUUCAGUAAGGAUGUCAGUCAUGAGGUGGAUGGCCUCAUCUUUCAACCAGCUGCAGAUCCUUAUGUAUGUGGUCGUUGCAAGGAGGUGCUCAAGUGGAAACCACCAAGUUUGAAUUCUGUAGAUUUCAAACUUCAGGUUACACAAGAAAAGAAACCUGGCUGUUUACCAGAGACAAUAGGAUAUUUAUUCGUUGGAGGAAUGAAAGAACCAUUCUCAACGAUGAAAAUCACAAAAUCUUUAAAACAAUAUGAUGGCAAGAUCAUUGAGUGCUCAUGGGAUGCCAAAAUGAACACAUGGAAAUUUAUGCGAGAGAGGACUGAUAAGUCAUUCCCUAAUGGCUACAACACAGCUGUCGGAGUGAUAAAAAGUAUACAGCAGCCAGUAAAUAAAGACAAACUGUUUGAUAUGAUAGAUCAUCAUAGAUGGCAACCUGCUGAGAAAGCUGACAAACAAUUAAUGCCACCACCAAAACUACCAUAGAAUCAAAUGAACACUGGAAACUGUUUUGUAAUAUCACAAACCAUGCUAGCUUUAAGCAGUGGACUGUUUUUUUGAAAAUGCAUCUUUUAAUUAUCUCAUCAGGAGAUCCUGUCGAGAAAACAUAUCAAAUUAUCUUCCAAGAGCUAAGAUAUCUGGAAAUGAUUUGUAGCUUAAGGCACAGCACGAAUGGAGGAAAUUAUU